GAAGGUCGUGCUCCGGAAGGGGAGCGGCCAUGUUUCUGAGUGACCCCCGGGCGCGGUGCGGCAAGUGGGAAGAGGCGGGCUUGGAGCCUUCGGAAGGCGGCGAGGCCCCGUCUUUCUCCUUCCUGAAGAUCACCAUCCUGGUAUCCCUCCUCCAUGGCAGUGUGGAGCCGUGAGGCAGUGCUGGCCCUUUAUCGCGCUCUGCUGCGUCAGGGGCGGGGCCUGCGCUACACCGACCGUCAGUUCUAUUUCAACUCCAUCCGGCAAGAGUUCCGCAAGAACCAGAACCUUGAGCAUCUUGAAGAGAAGGAAAGACAACUGGAGAAGGGCCAGGCUUUCUUGCAAAGCAAACUUGGGGGAUUGAUUUAGAAACAUUUUGUCUUCCCCUUUCACUUUUCUGUCUUCUUCUUAGCCUCAAUUUUUUGGCCAUCUGACAUAGAUGGUUAAUUUUGUCAGAUUGUUACAAACCUGAAAACAGAA